ACACUUCAAAUGAAAAAUGAUGUGGAAUUUACCAUACUACCACUACCUUCUUUCCACGCCAACCCAUUUGGCAGUCAUAAAUAGUCACCAAAACCACUCUCACUUUUCACAGUUUUAAAACCCUUCUCUUCCUUCCUUCACUUCCUCAAACCCAAAACCUUCUUUUCAAUUUUUCCAUCAAUAUUAAAACACCAUGUCUUCCUUCAAGACCAAAUACCAAGAUGAACUCAUUGCCAAUGCUGCUUACAUUGGCACUCCGGGGAAGGGUAUCCUUGCUGCUGAUGAGUCAACCGGUACAAUUGGCAAACGUUUGGCCAGCAUCAGUGUUGAGAAUGUUGAAACAAACAGACGUGCUCUCAGGGAACUCCUAUUCACGACACCUGGUGCUUUUGACUGUCUCAGUGGUGUCAUAUUGUUUGAGGAAACUCUAUACCAAAAGACAGCUUCAGGAAAACCCUUUGUAGAGUUGUUGAAGGAAGGUGGUGUUCUUCCUGGUAUAAAGGUUGACAAGGGCACUGUGGAGCUUGCCGGAACUAACGGUGAAACCACCACUCAAGGGUUGGAUGGGCUUGGUCAGCGUUGCCAGAAGUAUUAUGAAGCCGGUGCCCGUUUUGCGAAAUGGCGUGCUGUGUUGAAGAUCGGUCCAAACGAACCGUCUGAGUUGGCUAUCCAUGAAAAUGCGUAUGGUCUUGCUCGAUACGCAUUGAUAUGCCAGGAGAAUGGGCUGGUGCCUAUUGUGGAGCCAGAGAUUCUUGUGGAUGGACCCCAUGACAUCAACAGAUGUGCUGCAGUGACAGAGCGUGUUCUUGCUGCAUGCUACAAGGCACUGAACGAUCACCAUGUUGUGCUUGAAGGAACUUUGCUGAAGCCCAACAUGGUGACUCCUGGUUCCGAGUCUCCAAAGGUGGCCCCAGAGGUGAUAGCCGAAUACACUGUUGCGGCGUUGCAGAGGACUGUUCCUGCUGCAGUUCCGGCUAUUGUGUUCUUGUCUGGAGGGCAGAGCGAGGAGGAGGCAACCCUGAACCUGAAUGCCAUGAACAAGUUCCAGGGAAAGAAGCCGUGGUCUCUUUCUUUCUCUUUUGGAAGGGCACUUCAACAGAGCACUCUGAAGGCAUGGGGUGGGAAAGAUGAAAACAUUAAGAAGGCUCAGGAUGCCUUCAUUGCCAGGUGCAAGGCAAAUUCAGAAGCAACCUUGGGAACAUACAAAGGUGAUGCUACCCUUUCUCAGGCUGCCUCUGAGUCUCUCCAUGUCAAGGACUACAAAUACUAGAAAAUGGUGUUGGCUUCCAUUGUUGGAGAGAAUUUUGUACUAUUGGUUUCUGCAUUUUGCACUCUAGGUUAUAGGUUAUAGGAAUAAUUGCACCAACCUAAAUUGGCUUGGCAUCGUUGCUUCUCGUGUUAGUUUGUGUCCCUUUGGAUUUCUAUGAUUGAGUUUUGUAUUGGGAAGAAGUUUCGUUUUAUGUUUCAAUGAGAUUGGGUUGUGAAAAAGCAUUUUGCUUCCACCAUGUUUGCAUA